GUCCUGUGGGGCGCACCGUAUGGGGGGUGGGGACAGGAAGUAGUCGGGAUUUCUGUACGGCUUGCUUGGCUUUUCAAGGGAAAGUAAUUGUGUGUGUUCCUCGGCGAACUGCAUAUGGACUACGGGAAACCACGGAAAGUGUGUCCGGAGUGAGAAGAGAGGGCGCGGAUUAUGGCAGUGCUGCGGGAACAGUUACAGUUUAUAGAAGACUAAUGAAGCUGGAUUCCUAGUUCACACCUGUUUAUUUUUGUGACAGUUUUUUUAUAUAUAUAUUUUAUUUUAUUUUUUUACUAUGAAGAAAUUUGCCUAUUUUAAGGUGGUCUUGGCCACCUCAUUGGUUUGGGUCUUCUUGGAUAUAUUUCUAUUGCUGUACUUCAGUGAAUGCAACAAAUGCGAGGAUAAGGAGCGGGGCCUUCCUGCUGGAGAUGGUCCUGGUGUCAUUCAGAAGGUACAUGAGGGUCCUGGAGAAAUGGGGAAACCUGUUGUCCUUUCUAAAGAAGAUCAAGAGAAGAUGAAGGAGAUGUUUAAAAUCAAUCAGUUCAAUUUAAUGGCCAGUGAGAUGAUUGCGCUGAACAGAUCUUUACCUGAUGUCCGUCUGGAAGGAUGUAAAACAAAGGUCUAUCCAGAUAAUUUACCAACCACAAGUGUUGUGAUAGUGUUCCACAAUGAAGCCUGGACAACCUUAUUAAGGACUGUGCACAGUGUUAUUAAUAGGUCACCGCAACAUCUUCUUGAAGAGAUUGUACUUGUGGACGAUGCCAGUGAGAGAGAUUUUUUGAAAAGGCCACUAGAAAUAUAUGUCAGAAAAUUAAAAGUACCAAUACAUGUCAUUCGCAUGGACCAGCGAUCAGGGCUGAUCAGAGCCAGGCUUCGAGGUGCAGCUGCUUCCAAAGGACAGGUCAUCACAUUUCUGGAUGCUCAUUGUGAAUGUACAGUAGGAUGGCUUGAACCAUUGCUGACACGAAUCAAGCAUGACAGGAGUACUGUGGUUUGUCCCAUCAUUGAUGUCAUUAGUGAUGAUACAUUUGAGUACAUGGCAGGUUCGGACAUGACCUAUGGUGGUUUCAACUGGAAAUUGAAUUUCAGAUGGUACCCUGUUCCCCAACGAGAAAUGGAUCGGAGGAGAGGAGAUCGAACUCUCCCUGUUAGGACUCCUACAAUGGCAGGGGGCCUUUUUUCAAUCGACAGAGAUUAUUUCCAGGAGAUUGGGACAUAUGAUGCUGGAAUGGAUAUCUGGGGAGGGGAGAAUUUAGAAAUUUCAUUUAGGAUAUGGCAGUGCGGAGGAACACUUGAAAUAGUUACUUGUUCACAUGUCGGUCAUGUUUUUCGCAAAGCUACUCCAUAUACCUUCCCAGGUGGUACAGGGCAAAUUAUCAAUAAAAACAAUCGAAGGUUGGCAGAAGUUUGGAUGGAUGAAUUCAAGAACUUCUUUUAUAUCAUUUCACCUGGAGUGACUAAAGUAGACUAUGGGGACAUAUCUUCAAGAGCUGGCUUGAGAUUCAAACUUCAAUGCAAACCAUUUUCUUGGUACUUAGAAAAUGUAUAUCCUGAUUCCCAGAUACCUCGCCAUUAUUUUUCUUUGGGAGAGAUCAGAAAUGUUGAAACAAAUCAGUGUUUGGACAACAUGGCAAGGAAAGAGAAUGAAAAAGUUGGUAUUUUCAACUGCCAUGGAAUGGGAGGAAACCAGGUGUUUUCCUACACGGCUAGCAAAGAAAUCCGAACGGAUGAUUUAUGUUUAGAUGUCUCCAAGCUUAAUGGCCCAGUCAUAAUGCUUAAGUGCCACCAUUUAAGAGGCAAUCAGCUAUGGGAGUAUGAUCCAGUAAAAUUAACAUUAAUCCACGUGAAUAGCAACCAGUGUCUGGACAAAGCUGCAGAAGAAGACAGUCAAGUACCCAGCAUUAGAGACUGUAAUGGCAGCCACUCUCAGCAGUGGCUUUUGCGUAACGUUACGCUUCCAGAAAACUUUUGAAAUAUCUUAUUAUUGGCAAACACAUUGAGAGAAUACAGAACAUUAAAUAAACUAAAAGAAUUGACUGCGCUACCUCUGCACAUUUAACUUGCACAUCCUUGAGCAUCCAGAGAUUGAAAAGAAACUAUUUUCUGCACUUCUGAAAUGUCGGGGGCACAUAUCGGCUAUGACAUCCUUGUAGGUGUUCCCGAAAUUGUGAAAUGGAUCCCUAGUGAGGAUGUGAAGUGGUAUACUUUGUAUCGGAACUGAAGUUUACAAGAAAGAUCAAAGUCUUUAUGGAAUAAUCCAGGAGAACUAAAGAAAAUGCAAACAAUUUUUAAUCCCCAGGAAAGCUGCAUAUCUGUACAGUUCAGUGUACAGUGCACUGGUUUUAGUGAACUGCUGAUUCCCAAAUGACAUUUCCUAUUCAUGCCCAUUGUUUCUAUGUGCAGAAAACAGGGUUAAAAAUAAAUAAAAAUCACGUAUAUCAAAAGUACAAUUUGUUAUAACAAAAUAUCAGAUUUAUAUGAAGGGUUUUGUUUUUUUGUUUUACCUCUGCUGGGAAAAUAACAUUACAGAAAAGAAAUGUGAUUUUACGUAGUUAAGUGAUAGAAUAUAUUUUUCAUUAAGGAAAUUGUGUUCAUUUCAAGAGAAAAGGAGACCUGGGGAUAGGAAAGUCAGUUUGGGGCUUGCUUUUCCUAAUUCUUGUUUUUUUGCUUGGGUACUGUUGUUAUAUUCACAUUGCCUUCUAAAAUUCAAGAUUAAUAAUACCUUGCAACAUAUAUUGUUGUAUUAAUUAAUUGAAUUCAACUUUGGUUGAAAAUCCUAGACGGAGAUAAAUAGAUUCAAAAACACACAAGAAUUGCAGCAAAGUAUAACUGUGUAUUUGUAGAGCUCAAAAUUCAUUCUACUGUACAUUUUUUUACAACAGCAAUAAAUCUAGUUUGUUCUAGCCAAA